AUGGUUCCAACUGCCGUUGCUUUACUUCUCUUCUCACUCACGAUUCCUUUCCUGACAUCCGCAACACCCCUUCGCCCAAUCAAGAGACAAGGUCUAUUCCCACCUUCUUCAGAUAAUUCAACUUCGGAGAACAAUCAACCUACCAGUGGUAACGAUAGUGGUGGUGGUGGAGGGAUAGCAUUGGAAAUUAUCAUUCCAAUCAUUGUGAUAUUGGUAGCAGCCAUCAUAUGUGUAGGAUUGGUCCAUUUUCGAUCCAAGCUUCCUAAAUUAUUCAGAUCCCUCACAUUCUCCCUUCCUUCAAGCUCAACCGCUGCCCACCAACCUAUAUCUACUCGAGAUAGUCUACCUCGGACUGUCACAGCCGAUCAGUUGUCCGGUACCAAUACGCCGCUGACCGGUGGUAACGCAUCGUCCAUCAAUAAUGGUUCUACACCCACUACCAACAUCACAGCAGCGGAGAGAAGAGCUAGGAGAGCUAGAGAAAGGGAAAGGAAUGUAAGGAGGACUGAGUCUGGACGGAGUGUGAAAACUUUGCCGGUUUAUAGUAAGGAGGCUGGUGAUGAGGAGUUGGUAUUGGUAAGACAGCGAUCCCAAUCGUCAUUCUCAUCAGGCUCAUACUCUGACGAAGAGCUUCAUCCGGAGGAAGGUCCAGAAGGCGAUGUAGAAGGAGGUUUGUUACCAUCACAUCGUCGGUCAACCUCCAUGCGAUCCAAUCGUACAGUAAGAGACCAUGAAGACGUUGACAAUCGGGAUAACGGAUUAUCACCUGUCGGAGAAACGCAUGAAGAAAUCGGACCGGAUACUCGUACACCCUCACUCUCACCCUCGGAUCAACAUCAGCCACUACCCGAGACACCCUCACCCGAGACACCUCAACGGAGUGAAUUGCUCGUCAGACGAGAAUCACUAGCUAGAAGAUCAUGGGGUUUGACACCAACUUAUCUAGAAGCUAUGUCUGCUCCUUUGGUAUAUGCCAGCUCCGAUCCUACUACUGCCAAUCAAGAUGUACCCCCACCCCGUAAUUUACGUACGAGGACAUCAUCAACUUUCAGAGGUUUACUAUCAAGAGCGGGAUUCACUCAAAACGCGCCACCCCCCUCUUCAGCCCAAAUGAUGGAGAUUCGUAAUGAUCGUAAUAGAACUAGAAAUGGGGAAUCGUCCACCUCACUCUUGUUACAGCCUACCACUUCCCGAGCUUCAUCGUCCUUCGCAUUUGGUAGAUCUAGAUCACCAUCGACUGCCAGCACUCCAUGGGAAUCUACCAAUUCAUUAUUAAUUUCCAGCCCAUUGCCUAAUACCGCUAUGAGAGCAUCCUUUGAUUCGACGACUUUACCCCGAGCGGGUUUAUCGGAGGAUCAGAUGAAGUUCUUAGCUUCGAAAGAGGCUAUAAAUGUUGUAGGGAAGAAGAUAGAUGAUGUACCGGAGUACAAGAGGAGGAGAAGAAGUAGGACGAGAGGUGAGGGUUUGAGUGUGGAUGAAGGAGUCGGAGGAAGGAGGAGAGCAUCGUCAGCUUCGUCUGAUGUACGAUUGGAUGAUGGAGAGGGGGAAGGAGACCGACUGCCUAGUUGGGAGAUGAGUGAGAACACUAGGAGGAAUCAGGAGGCCUACGAGAGGAGGAAUUUGAACAGGCCGCCAUCGGGUGAAAUCGAGGACGAAAGUUUAGACCCACUCGAGAAAGCUGAUCAAGCUGAGAGAGGGACUGAGAAUGAUCAGCGAUGGCUUGGCACGACUAUGAACCACAAUGAGAAUGAACAUGAACCAAAUGGACCGAUAGAUGAAAAUCACGAAAUCGACUUACCUAACGACUCUACUUUAAAUACAUCACGAAAUAACGAUUUUGAAAACACACAGAUCCUGAAACAGAAACCUAUUCCAGCACCGAUCAAAGUGGGUCAACCCGACGACAAUCAUGAUGAGAUAGAAGAUAGUGCAUCCCCCAACACAUUUAUGACUGCUCCUCGCACACCUUUGACUCCCGCUCUUACUCCCACAGCCACUGCUAGGACGAAUACUUUGACGUCGGCUACAACGCCGAGGUUGGAGGUGGAGCCGCCUACACCAGUGGCAUCGACUCCGCCGCCGAGCUUAACGAGGUGA